AUGGCGCGCCGACCGCCGACCAACGUGAUCGUCAAGCACCGCCACCCGCCCCCAACGAUCGGCCUUUCCCUUGGCGUCGCGACCGCUCCUCGGCGCCAGGGAGCCGAGAGUGCAGAGAUAGCGCAUCAACAACCGGCGACUCUGACACGGGACACUAAAUAUCGUACUUUCCUUAGUCAACUCGCUGGCGCAAACUUGGCGUUUUGCCAGUUGCCCCUAAUUCGAUUGCCUCUCUCGGCCUCUUUGCUCCCUUUUCUCUCAAAUCGCGCGUUUGUAAAUAUG